AUGUCAGUUGAUACUAAGCAACCAGCUUACACUCUGGUCUUUGACCCUUCUUCUAAUGGGCAAACAUAUUCAGCAACGGAUUUUCAGAAAUCGCUUGAAAAGGGAUCUGAUGAAGAGAAGAUUGUCACCAUGAAGGCUAUUUUGGCUACCAUGUUGGAAGGGAAUCCCUUGCCAGAGCUAUUGAUGCAUAUUAUUAGAUUUGUCAUGCCAUCAAAGAACAAGCAAUUGAAGAAAUUAAUUUAUUUUUAUUGGGAAAUUGUUCCAAAACUAGAUGAAGAUGGCAAGUUAAGACAUGAAAUGAUUCUGGUUUGUAAUGCUAUUCAACAUGAUUUGCAACAUCCAAAUGAGUAUAUUAGAGGUAAUACUUUAAGAUUUUUAACCAAACUAAGAGAAUCUGAACUGUUAGAACAAAUGGUUCCAUCUGUUCUUGCAUGUUUGGACUAUCGUCAUGCCUACGUGCGUAAGUAUGCUAUUCUCGCUGUAUUUUCUAUUUAUAAGGUCAGCUCUCACUUAUUGCCUGAUGCAAAGGAAAUCAUUAGCACCUUUUUGGCAGCUGAAACAGACCCGAUCUGUAAAAGAAAUGCAUUCCUUGCUCUCUCUGAAUUAGAUCGUGAAGGAGCAUUGACCUACUUAGAAGCAAACAUUACCAAUAUUGAGGGUUUAGAUCCUUUAUUGCAAGCAUCCUUUGUUGAAUUUAUUAGAACAGAUGCUACCCACACACCAUCUUUGAAGAGUCAGUACAUCGAGCUCUUGUUGGAAUUAUUGUCAAGCGCUACUAGCGAUGAAGUUAUUUUUGAGACUGCCUUAGCUUUGACAGUCUUAACUUCCAAUCAAUCCAUUCUUGUUGCAACGGUAACAAAGUUGGUGGAUUUGGCUGUCAGAGUAUCUGAUAAUAAUGUGAAAUUGAUCGUUCUAGACAGAAUCCAAGAUAUCAAUGCAAGUAACCCAGGAUCUUUAGAAGAGUUAACUGUUGAUAUUUUACGUGUCCUGAAUGCUGAAGAUUUAGACGUACGUUCCAAGGCUCUUGAUAUUUCCAUGAGUCUUGUUACUUCAAGAAAUGUUGAAGAUGUUUUACAAUUACUGAAGAAGGAAGUUCAAACCACUGUCAACAAUAAAGACAAUGAUAAAUCAAUGGAAUACAGAACACUAUUGAUAAAGACAAUUCGUACUGUCGCAAUCAAGUUUGGUGAAAUGGCUGGCAACGUUGUUUCUUUACUACUGGAUUUUAUCAGUGAUUUGAAUUCGGUUGCUGCCAGUGGUGUCAUUGUCUUCAUUAAGGAAGUCAUGGAAAAAUAUCCUCAAUUAAGAGAGUCUCUAUUGAAUAACUUACUUCUCAAACUUGAUGAUUUGAAGUCAGCUAAGGCAUACCGUGGUGCUCUGUGGAUUUUAGGUGAAUAUGCUGAGACGGAACAUGAGAUCCAGGAUUGUUGGAAACAUAUUCGUACCAGUGUUGGAGAAGUCCCUAUCUUGCAGUCUGAAAAGAGUAAAUUAAACAAGAAUAAGGAAGGUGAAGAAGAUGAAGAAAAAGAAUUGACUCAAAAACAAGGUGGCCCAAUUAUUUUGCCAGAUGGUACAUACGCUACAGAAAGUGCAUUUGGUGCUAACGAGCAAAAGGAAGUGUCAGAAGAUGAAGAAGAAGAUAAGAGACCACCUAUUCGUCGUUUCGUAUUAAGUGGUGAUUUCUAUACUGCUUCCAUCCUCGCAAGCACUAUUAUAAAGUUAGUGUUAAGAUUUGAAAAAUUAUCCAAAAAUGCAGGUAUCAUAAAUGCUUUGAAAGCAGAAGGUCUUUUGAUUUUGGUGAGUAUAAUUAGGGUUGGUCAAAGUUCAUUAGUUAAGAAACCUAUUGACGAGGAUUCAACAGAAAGAUUACUGUCCGCCAUUGCUAUUUUGAUGGAUGAAACCAAUCCAAAUGAAAAAUCUUCUGAGCGUGAGCUACUGGAACUAGCUUUCUUGCAAGCAACCAAGGAAUCUUUCAAAUCCCAAAUUGCCGCUUCCAAACGUAUAAACAAGAAAAUAUCCACUAAAUCAUUAGGAGAAAAUGCUGAACUUAUUGAAAAGCCAAUUAUCUUUAGACAGCUUGUCGGUGAAGAUUCGAAUAUAGUUCAAAAAGACAGCAUUCAAGAAGACUUGGAACUUGCUAUAAAGGGGAACGCGGCCAGAUCUAAUACCCACUCAGUAACGUCAAUGUUAAAAAAAAUUGUUCCAUUAACAGGGUUUUCAGAUCCUGUAUAUGCGGAAGUUUAUAUCACAAAUAACCAAUUUGACGUUGUUCUGGAUGUUUUACUUGUUAAUCAAACAAAGGAAACAUUGAAAAACUUACAUAUUCAAUUUGCUACAAUCGGUGAUCUAAAGAUCAUUGAAAACCCGCCAAGAGUUAACGUUGUACCACAUGGGUUCCAUAGAGUUACUGUUACGGUAAAGGUCUCAUCAGCAGAUACUGGUGUCGUCUUCGGUAACAUUAUUUACGAUGGUGGUCAUGGUCAAGAUGCACGUUAUGUCAUUUUGAAUGAUGUUCACAUAGAUAUUAUGGACUACAUCAAACCAUCUAAGACUGAUGCCGAUAAUUUCCGUUCUAUGUGGAACAGAUUCGAAUGGGAAAACAAAAUAUCUGUUAAAUGUGAUCUACCUUCUUUGCCAAACUAUUUGGAUGAAUUAGUUAAAGGUACGAAUAUGAAUGUUUUAACGAACCUAGAAUCAUUAAAUGACAACUCAAGAUUUUUAAGUUGUAACUUAUAUGCCAAAUCCUCGUUUGGUGAAGAGGCAUUGGCUAAUGUUUGUGUAGAGAGAGAUGUGGAGACGAAAUCAAUUGUUGGUACAGUUCGUAUUCGUUCAAAGGGACAAGGCCUAGCCUUAUCAUUAGGUGAUAGAGUAGCAAUGAUUGCUAAGGAAAGCAAGGCUUUCAAGCUGGCACGCGUUUAG